AUGAACGGUUUGCAGAGUUUAUCCUGCCGUCCAAUCCUACCAUAUCUAUAUACUUUAUUCCCAAGUCCAGCCAAGAUUAACGUCUUCACUCGCUGCCUGCCCUCGCGAAGGGCUCCGGCCGUCCAGGAGAAGAAGGCUGUACCCGAUUCGCCUGUCUCCGUGGCUAGUCGUGACUCAGACGAAAGCGCCUUAUCAAGUAGUUCCACCGAUCACGCAGUCAAACUCCAACCGCAGAUCCCACUCGGAUUACCGGAGGGUGCCGAGAAACGACUGCCACGCCUGGACUCGCCCAUUCUUCUGGGUAAGUGGGAAGGGCAUGGAAAGUGCAAUCUGUUUAGAAUUGGGAUUUGUCCAGAAAGAGAAUAGCACGCGUUUCUCCGCGGCCUUUGAUCCGUGCAGACCUUAUAAUGCCCUUAGGGCAGGUCUUUUCGUUCUCGCCAGUCAGUUUUUUGGGUCCGGAGGCGGACGGGUGUUAGGACUUCCAUACAUUUCUAUAAUAUUAUGAUAUUCGAAAUUAAUAUCUUGGGAAGGAAAACAACCCCAAACUCAGGGCAUUUUCACAAUGUAUUGUGGUUAUAAAUUUUUGGAUUCAAUUACUAAAUGAUAGACGCACCAUUUGUGGACCUAAUUUUGAUUUGCCAUUUAACCAGAUAUACAGUAAAAAUCCAGGAACAAUUAGAAAAUGUAAUGCAUAAGUGCUAAAAGGCCUAGGCUGUAUCUGUGGGUGGAGGUCGUCCUCGGAAGUGGCCGAACCAGGUUCAUCAAGACGCCUUAGGGCCUUCCUCCAAAGCGCGGAAGGCCUCUUCCCCCGGCCCUAAUAAGCUCCACUUUUAGUUGCUUCGUUUUCUAAUAAUUGUAUUCUGGCCAUGUCUGGGCCCUUCACCUUCCCCGCUAAUUAAUCACUUUACAGAGACCAGUCGAAGAAAGAUCCUUGCCUUUGUACACGGAUCCAAAGACGUUGUUAUUUCGACCGGCCGAGCAAUUGGAAGAGUUGUAAUGGGAGCCAGUUCGAGUUCGUCUAGUCCCGAACCAGAUGACAUCGAAAGUAUGGCCACUAGACUCCAUCAGCUCCUUCUCCAGAAACCGUGCAGGAUGAGUGAUAUGUUGAAGGUCAUUGGGUGAGUAAUUCACUCACCCCCUAUGAAACGCGAAAAUAUUUUUGAAUGAAUGUCUCUGUUCAUACUAUUCCUUACAGAAUCCUCGGAGAAACCACACCUGGAGAGAAACAGGAGCUCAUCAAGCUGGGAGUCCUUUCCAGAAUCUUAUCUGAAAUCGAACAAUGCUCACAUCUGGAGCACUUAAAUCCACGACAAAGUUCUGGAGACGAGAAACGACGACAAAGAAUUUGGACCCGCAGACCAAGUACAACAUCAUCGAAUAGAGGAGUCGGAUAUGGAAGGGGAUCUACUAAAUCCAGGUGGGAUAUUGAAAGGACUGUGGAAGAAAGAAUUGCUCAAGAAGAACACCUUAUGUGGUUGCUCUGUUCUUUGACUACCUUCCUUUGUGGCGAUGCACUCAGUCUGUCAGAAUCCACAUUAGAUUUAACCCCGCCUAAAGAUCAGCCAGUAAUUCAAGGAUAUGUGAUCGACGAAUUGAACAAUUCCCCAUUGUUAUCCUUAUUCGAAUAUCAUUUCAAUAAUGACAGUGUAUUCGAUAUCAGUCAGCAUAUGGAUUUCUAUCAAGUGAGUGAAAUCAGAUAUUUCCGAAUGCCUUUAGGCCCUAAUCGAACUCGCCGCUGCCCUCGCAUAUGUCCCCGACUUCUUGCCCUUAAUGGUACAACCCAGACCUGAUGCCAAGUCUAUCGUCAAGGAGUUGUUACCUCGUUUCAAGGCUACUUUGAAUGCCUAUCCGAGUUCAGUACGAGGACAAUCAUCACCUGACUUUGCUUUAAUGGACUUUAUUCGAAAGGUGAACGAUCUCUCUGAUGUAAGUUCAAAUUAUUGAAACGUCAUCGUAGUACCUACCGGGAUAAAUGUCCCAGUUAUUCGUUAUAAAAAAUAUUGUUGUUUCAUGUUGAAAAUGAACUCUUUGCAACCGAAAUAUUUUCGUAAACACUUUAAGAAUGUCUAGUUACUUACGGCAUGCACGCAGACACACAAUUACAACAACUACAAUGCGCCUCUUUUUAGAUAAUCUUCAAGCUUACCAAGAAAUACGAAAUCAAUUUACCCCCGGAACGGAGAAUAAAGACGGCGGUGAUUGGGACAAGAAAAAGACCUUCGAUUCCGAUCGAACAAAUAAACCCGGAGACAUUGGAGACUGGGAACGCCCCUGUUUCAAUAAAUGCCAUCUAUGCCGAGGCUCUGCAAGAUGUUCAAAUUCAGACUCACAAGUAAGUAGAGAAUGUCAUGCAACUUUGCAUACUCCUCAUACUGUAACAUAAUGUCGGUAAUUUAUUUCUUGCUUCCCUUUGCUUGCAAUAAUAAUCUAACCUGUGCAAAGUUGUACUCCAAAACACAAACUAGGUAUCUCAUUUGAAAAUGUAAUACUCCUUUAUUAGGCCAUCUACCUUUUUCGAUUUGUAGCCCAAAGGGCCGACGUCAAUGCGAAGCCGUUAUAGUUAUUAUUCCCGUUGUUUUCGAAGUCUAGACAAAACGGUGGGAGACGUUGGUGCCAAUGACAGGCCAUUUUUGGGCAUUCUCGUGUAAAAAUAAUUGUGAAAAGAUCCACGAAAUUAGCAGAUAAUUUCCAAAAAUACUCCGGGAUUAAGACAAUCUAGGCUGAUGACCUCUAAUGCAUGUCAAAGACAACAAUAACUAUGAGCACAUAUCACUCCGCUGUUUCACAUCUCAUUUAAUUGUAACGUGUGAUAAUAACCAUAAUGACGUCGAAGACCUGAAUAAAAACAACACCAUUCCCACUCCCUCCUCCAGAUGCACAUCCCAAAUUAAUCCUUGCGUUUUCCAGAAUCCUGAAUGAAGGUGGGAAACCGCUCUAUGGCUUCACAUUCAAGAAAGAACUCCGGAAUGUGAAUCCCUUCAGUCCAUCGAUGAAAGAUCGCACCAAGAGAAUUGCGAAGGAACUGGCCUCAAUGCACAACUCCCUUCCUUUGAAUGCAUCUAAUGGAAUCUUUGUCUGCAUGGACGAAACUAGAUGUGACAUCCUCAAGAUAUUGAUCAGUGGCCCCGAUGACACCCCUUAUCAGAAUGGCCUCUUCGAAUUCGACGUCUUCUUCCCCAACAAUUACCCCCAGGCACCUCCGAAGUGUUCGUUCCUAACCACUGGUAGUGGUACCAUCAGAUUCAACCCUAACCUCUACAACGAUGGAAAGAUCUGUCUUAGUAUUUUGGGGACUUGGGAAGGCCGGCCCGAAGAGAAAUGGAACCCUUUUUGCUCUCUGCUUCAAGUGCUUAUUAGUAUCCAGGUAAGACUUAAAAAAGGUUCUAAUGCAUUACCGCAGAAUUGCACUUUGCAGUGCCCUUGUGGCUUAACGACGGAUUUCCUCACCGAAAAAGAUCUCUGUUCUCUAAUUAUUAAUGUGCACUCUGUCCACUUCCUCUAUUUCUAAUUAUAAAUUAUGCAAAUUUGUAUUCUUUUCAGGGUUUGAUUUUCGUCAAGCAUCCCUAUUUUAAUGAACCCGGCUUUGAGAAGUUCCAAGGGACCCCCAAGGGAGAAGAAUACUCGAGGAAAUACAAUUUGCAUAUUGAGAAUGCAACCAUGUUGUAUGCCAUCAUGGACAUGUACAAAAAUGGGCCGACCUACUUCAAAGAUGUCAUCCAAAGACAUUUCUGGGUCAAAAGACAAGCAGUCAUUGAGCAGGCCGAGAGAUGGAUCAAAGAAUCUCAUCUCGAGGCCAACCAGGCCAAUCAAGAAUUGAUGGAGUCGGAAGCCCUGGCCGAGACUGCUUACAUCAACCCCGUUCUUCAGGUAAUUUAGUUUUUGUAAACUAUAAUAGUUACCUAGUCCCCAGGUUGAACCCGACCAUACUUUCGUUGAAAUUUACAAUUCAAUUUCGUCGACAUACCUUCUCUAAACAUGUUAUUACUAAGUUUAAUUAUAUAGACAAAUCAUGUUCCCACACGAAUUCCCAUUAUAACAGAGACUUGGAAAACGUUGGGGAGAUAAUUAGACGUGUGACUUGUCUGUAAACAAGAUAAUAAGGUUUCACACCUCACUAAAUUAUUUUUUAGCGUCAAAGUGUGGAUCGCCUAAUCGCUGAAUUCAAAAACAUGAAGAAUCCCAUGGAAAAGUGA